GCAUGUCUGGAAACAGGAAGUCUCGCAACUUUUCAGCGUAGUAGCAAACUUGUAAUCACGCAUGUAACGCGCAUACGCGCGUCCGUUAGUUUCAUGUGUGGGAGGUUGAAGGUGUUCAGACAGUGGUUAAGUUGAUGCCGCCAGUGUCUUUUUGACAGAAAACAGAGGAGAAAGGAAAGCGAACAUACGCGACAGGCAGACAAACUGUCUGUGAAGACAGACCAGUUAGCUGGAUAGUUUCUCCGUGGCUGGCGCUGAGCCCCGUGCGAACAUCAAUAUGUGGGAACAGGAGGAAUUUGCAAAACACUGGAAGAAUGAAUUUCCCGACGGAGAAGUGCCUCGCAUGGACUUAAACUCAAUAGACGACAUCGAGUCGGAGCUGGAGGCGUGCAAAGCCAACCUGAAGAGGCUCCAGAAGGCUCUCGCCGAGGAGAAAUUCAAGGUGAUCUACCUGCAGACCACCAUGGCUCGACAGAAGAGGAGCGACGCGGAAAGGUUCGAGGGGAAAGAUGAGAACUUCAACGCUGACACUUUUGGCCACCCCAGGACUGAAAAUAUUAGGAAACCGCUGCGACGAGACGACGAGGGCGGCGAGCGGAGGACCAAGGUGUCCGACUCUGGAGGCGUGAAGCCCCACGCGGCAGGUAACGCGGCAGGUAACACGGCGGGGCUCAUGAGCUCCUUCGGCCGGGAUCGGACCAGGUUCGGCGGAAAGAUAGGUAAGCCCGUCCCCAUCCCCGUCGUGCCGGUGAAACCCAGCUUCCAGAUAGAGAACGCGGCCCCGGUGAGCCUCUGCCGAGGCAACGGCAACGAGGAGGGCAGCGACCGAGAAUACGAGGAUGCGGAGCUCAAUGAGAAUUUCGUCAGGAAUAACUUGCUGGCGCCGAAGAGCGCCGGCAGGGACGGCCAGAGGACGUCCAACAUCUACCGGGACAACCUGCGGCCUUUCCGCCACAGCAGGGAGUUUGACUCGGACGACGGCAGGCUGUCGCCGUCCUUCCCGCAGGUUCAGCGCAGACCCUCCCGCGGAUCCGGGUGCAGCACCCCCGACAGGAGGAGCGACGGGUACCUGAGCUCCGACCACGACGACUCCUCUUCUGCAGACUUUAACUACAACACAGACGGCUACGAGGGCGACGUAGCAGAUGAGGUAAAGUCCCAGGAUGGCUCAGAGACGCUGCCCUUUAUAGAUGAAUCGCCCACCAUGUCGCCCCAGCUGUGCACGCCCCAAGGCCCUGACGGAGUCUCCCCCACGCCACCAGACGGCCUGCUGCAUGGGGGAGACAUCGAGAAAGGGCUGGAGAUGAAGAAACUGGUGCUGUCUGGUUUCCUGGCCAGUGAGGAGAUCUACAUUAAUCAACUGGAGGCUCUGCUACUGCCCAUGCGGCCCCUGAAAGCCACGGCCACCACCUCCCAGCCCGUCCUGACAAUCCAGCAGAUCGAGACCAUCUUCUACAAAAUCCAGGACAUCUUUGAGAUCCACAAGGAGUUCUACGACGCCCUCCUACCCAACAUCCAGCAGUGGGACGAGAAGGUCACCGUGGGCCAUUUGUUCCAGAAGCUGGCCAGCCAGUUGGGAGUGUACAAGGCCUUUGUGGACAACUACAAAGUGGCGCUAGAGACGGCAGAGAAAUGCAGCCAAGCCAACAGCCAGUUCCAGAAGAUAUCCGAGAACCUCAAAGUAAAAGGUCCUAAAGACUCCAAGGAACUUACUACAAACAUUUCAAUGGAGGCCCUCCUCUACAAGCCGAUCGACCGCGUUACCAGAAGCACCCUGGUCCUUCAUGACUUGCUGAAGCACACUCCUAAGGACCACCCAGACUUCCCCCUCCUGCAGGAUGCUCUGCGGAUAUCUCAGAACUUCCUCUCGUCCAUCAACGAGGAGAUCGACCCUCGAAGGACCGCUGUCACUACACCCAAGGGAGAGGCCCGUCAACUGGUGAAGGACGGCUUCCUGGUGGAGGUGUCGGAAAGCUCCAGGAAGCUACGGCACGUCUUCCUCUUCACCGAUCUGCUGCUCUGUGCCAAGAUGAAGAAGACCUCGGUGGGUCGCCAUCAGCAGUAUGAGUGCAAGUGGUACAUCCCGCUGGCGGAUUUAACUUUCACGACCCUGGACGACACCGACUCUCACUGCAUCCAAGUCCUGCCAGAGCACGAGAUCGAGGAGAUGAAGAUGAAGAUCUCAAGCUUGAAGAAUGACAUACAGAAAGAGAAGAAAGCGCCGAAGGCCCAGAGCCGCGUGGAGCGUCUGAGGAAGAAGAUGAACGAGCAGGAGUCCUGGUUGCUCCUGCACUCCCCCACCAUCCCUUUCCGCAUCCAAAACAAACACGGAAAGAGCUACCUGUUCCUCCUCUCCUCUGACUAUGAGCGGUCAGAGUGGAGGGAAAGCAUCCAGAAACUCCAGAAAAAAGAUCUCCAGUCGUGUGUAUUAAGUUCUGUAGAGCUUCAGGUUCUGACCAGCUCUUGCCUCAAGCUCCGAACCGUCCACAACAUUCCUGUCACCAGUAACAAAGACGAUGAGGAGACUCCCGGCCUGUACGGCUUCCUGCAUGUGAUCGUCCACUCUGCCAAAGGAUUCAAGGAGUCAGCCAAUUUGUACUGCACCCUUGAAGUGGACUCAUUCGGAUACUUUGUCAGCAAAGCCAAGACAAGAGUCUUCAGAGACACCGCAGAGCCUCAGUGGAACGAAGAGUUUGAGAUCGAGUUGGAGGGCUCCCAGUACCUGCGGAUCCUGUGCUACGAGAAGUGCUACGACAAAAGCAUGCUCAACAGGGACGACAACGAGAUCGUGGACAAGAUCAUGGGCAAAGGGCAGGUCCAGCUGGAUCCUCAGACUGUACAGUCCAAGAACUGGCACAUGGACGUCAUAGAGAUGAACGGGAUCAAAGUGGAAUUCUCCAUGAAGUUUACAAGUCGGGACCUCAGCUUAAAGAGAACGCCGUCCAAAAAACAGAGCGGGGUGUUUGGAGUCAAAAUCAACGUGGUCACGAAGCGCGAGCGCUCCAAGGUGCCUUACAUCGUCCGUCAGUGCAUUGAGGAGGUGGAGAAGAGGGGGAUUGACGAAGUGGGAAUCUACAGGAUCUCAGGGGUGGCCACUGAUAUCCAGGCCCUCAAAUUAGCAUUCGACACCAAUACCAAAGACAUCCUGAUGAUGCUCAGUGACAUGGACAUCAACGCCAUCGCAGGAACGCUCAAGCUGUACUUCAGGGAGCUGCCUGAGCCUCUGCUCACGGACCGCCUCUACCCCGCCUUCAUGGAGGGCAUAGCUCUCUCAGACCCAGCGGCCAAGGAGAACUGCAUGAUGCACCUCCUGCGCUCCCUGCCCGACCCCAACCUCAUGACCUUCCUCACUCUGCUGGAGCACCUCAAACGGGUGGCCGAGAAGGAGCCCGUCAACAAGAUGUCCCUUCAUAACCUGGCCACUGUGUUUGGCCCCACCCUGCUCAGGCCCUCAGAGUCAGAGAGCACCAAGGGACAUCACAUCACCUCGGCCUCUGACAUCUGGUCCCAUGACGUCAUGGCGCAGGUCCAGGUGCUGCUCUACUACCUGCAGCAUCCUCCCAUCACCUUCGCCGAGCUCAAGCGCAACACGCUGUACUUCUCCACUGACGUUUAAUCCCCACACACCUCCCUCAGGGCUUCACCUGGAGACCAGAGAGUGAGAGAGACUCCGUACAAACCUUUAGUCCCCGCCACAGUAAUCCCACCUCACCUCCACACCCCCCCACCCCAGCGGGCCGCUCAUCUCGACUGUACAGACGCCCCCCCACCAAACGCCCGCCUCACCCCACCCCACCCCACCAGCCCCGUGAAGAGAUGGAGCGGAUCGCCCAGGGAGGCCGUGAAGGAGGUGUCCUGGUCGUCCAAUAGUCUUGUGUCGUGUCCCGUUUGUAAUGCGAGGAAAGCAGAGCCGCCUCCCGCCAAAAAGACGAGGAGUGGGGGGGCGCUCUGCGACCACAGCGGGAAGCGUCCGGAGGCCGCGGCCCGGUGCAGGCGGGAUCGUGCCCGGGCGUGCGUGGCGUGUCAUCUAGUGAGCCCUUUCCAAGACGCUGGUCCAACGUUCUCAGAAACCAGUCGACUCAAGAGUCCUGCUAUUCUUCAUUGUUUUUUUUUUUCUUUUUCUUUUUGUCCUGAUCAGAGGCAUUCCAGACAAAUGGCAUUUACAUGUUUUAUAACAACGUUCAGCACCUGUUUCGUUUCAUUUCCAUGUCUUUCUGGCUUCGUGCAUGUGGUGGAGGAGGCUCGGGUGAGUGACGAUGUGGAUGUACUUGACUGAAUGAGUGUGUGGGUGUGUUUGAGGGACUGUAAGAACCGUAGAGUUCGCUGGGAUCGUGUCCCUCUGUACUGACAAACAAGAGAGGACUGCCCUCCCCGCUGAGUCUUGGCCAAAUUAGCCCUAUUUAUUUUAAAUAUAUAUAAUAUGUGUGCCUGUACAGUUCCGUGCAACUAGAGAAAUGCUCUAAGGAGUUUGUUUAUUCAGGUAGUGAUGUUAUUUUUAGUCUGAUUUUCUUAUUCAGUAUGUCCAUGGUUGGUAAGCUGUACUGAAAAGGAAGUCUGCCAGUUCAUUUCUGAUCACUUUGUAGAGGUGGAAGGGCACUCUGAGGGUUGUUGGUGGAAUAAAAAAAAACAAACAAACAAAAAAAAACCCCACAAAGAAUGGAACAUUUAGCUUAUUUGUUUUCUUGUUGUUGCAUUGCAAGCCUGUUCCAAGUGUCUUACUGCACCGGUAUAAUCUGUAGGAUGAUGUGUAGUUGCCCUCAUUGCAUGUUCAGCUUGUCAAUUGAACCAGGCCAGGUAACACAAAGGUAGGUUGUCUCUGCAAGGCCCUCGCUGCGACUGGCAAAAAUAAAAACCCAUCUCUGCUGUGUACAAAGCCAACCUUUCUGCUAUCAAGCCUGCAACAUAUCUUAAAAUACUGCAAGCACUGCUAGAUGAGUACUAUUUGAUAUUUUUAAUAUAAGAUUAAAAUGAAAUAAAAAAUCUUGUAUUUUACUUCCUUUGAGAAGAAUUUCAUUAUACUGUAAUACUGAGGCUAAAUGUCAAUGUGAACUUUUUUCCCCAUUUUUUAAAUAAAAUAAAAGUUACUGAAACACUCA